AUGAUCGUUUUCCUGAUUAGUGCUUUUCUAGGGUACUGAUUUUAAUAAAAUUAGAUGUUGUAUUUAAGCAGCUCCUUGUUUUAAUUUUGAUACUGUGUCAUCUCCGGUGAAUAGAUUAUUAGAUGACAUGGUCAUUAGGGAUUACACAGACAAGAAUAUCAUAGGUUAUGGAAUGUGGCAUAGAUGGAUGCCUAUGUUAAAUACAACAGAACUUAAAAAAACUUCUUUGCCUUUUUUAUAAUUGAUCUAUGAAUUUGAUACUCUAAGAAAAAAUAUGUACACCAAGAUUUAUAUGAUUAAUGCACUUGAUGCAUAAGAAUUCUAUAUAGUUCUAGAAUAAUUUGGGGAAUAUUCUUUCUUAAACCAAUUUAGUUUGGAUAAUGUUAUGUUAGAAGGAAGAUGGGCUUAUCUUUAUUAUUGUUAAAAAAUAGACACUGGAGACUUUAGAUUUUAUUAUAAAUUGCUAAUAGAUAGUAAUUAUGAUUAGACAUAUGUUACCUCUGGAAUUGAAAUUGAUAAGAAAAAUAGAAGGAAAUCUGGAUUUUCUGCUGGGUUUACAACUAUAGUUCCAGACCAUUCACCAGGAUAUAUAUAUUUUGGUGAAAAAAGUGAAAUUCUAUUUAAGGAUGAAUAUUAUGAAGGUAUAGCUGAAUUUGAUGCAGCUUUGAGUGUGUCAUGUAGUUUUCCUGAUGCAUGUUCAAUUGGAAAUUAGAUACAUUAUAUGUUUGAUUAUAUUUAUAAUUUUAAUAAGUUGGGAGCAAAAAUGGAGAAUUUAUUCUAUGCUGAAGGUAAUUAUGCUGUUUCAUCAUGGAUUAAAUUGGAUUAAGUGAAUUUGAUUACUAAAAUAUCUUCAUAUACUGCUUUACGAUUAGCAUUAUUUGAUUUUUAUGCAGAUGAUUAUUUGUAAGGAGAUAGAUAAUUAUGGUUAAAUUAUUAAUAAGAUUAUGAGUAUCCUGAGAACACAAAUAUAUCAGUUCAUACUUUCUCAUAUACAUAUGCACAAUUGACUUUUUAUAAAACUAAAGAAGAUGAUAAAUGGAGUGUCAAAGGUCUUAAAUAUGAAGAUCAAAUUACUUAAUGGCAUUACUUUUCAUUUUAACAUGGAUCUUAUGUUGAAGCUGAAACAGGAUAUAGUAAUACGAAGAUCUAUUUCUAAUUUAAGGACUUUGAGAUUACAGAUUAUUAUGUUGAAAAGAAGAAUCAUUUUGCAACUCAAUUAUUAGUGUUGAUGGCAGGUAGAGAUAAAUAUGCUGAUGCCUUAAUGAGAGGAUAAAUGGCAUUUUUGAAACUAGAAUAUUGUUUUGGCAAUACAUUUACAAUGGUGAAAAGUAUGAUAAUUAAAUUUAAUAUUUAGAUUGCAAUAUACUUUGUAAAGAAUGUAUUGGUCCAGAAGUGAAUUAAUGUACAUCUUGUCAAGAUAGUCAAUUUAGAGUAAUAACAAAUAAUUAAUGUUAAUGUAAAAGAAAUUAUGUUGAGAAUAUUGAUACAAGUUUAGUUAUAUGUUAAAGUAUUGAUUUAUCUAUAUAAAUAAGGUUUUACUGAUAGAAUAGGUUCGAAUAUCUUUUUAGAAGAAAAUCAAAUCAAUAAAUGUUAAUAGGGAUAAUUUUUAAUUAAGAAUGGAAAUAUUUAAUAAUGUCUAAGUUGUCCAUCACCAAUGAGUGAUGUAUAAAUUUAAUGUGGAGAUUGCUAUAUAAAUAGUUAAAUUUGGUAUUUAAAUCCUAUUUGUACAUUUGAUUAUUAGGCAUACAAUUCUAAUUCAAAUAAUGCCUUUAAAUUAAUUGAAAGAAUGGAAAGUAAUUAUUAAUUAUUUACUAUUUCAAAUGAUUUGACUCUUGAAUUAUGUCCUUAAUGUUUAAAAAUAGUCACAGAUACUUCAUAAAUUGAUCCUAAUAAAUUAAUAACUUAAUUUCAUUUAGGAGUUAGAUCAUCUAUUUAAUGUAAGAGUUGCAGUAAAGCUGUAAAUAAUUAAUGUGUAGAUUAAAAUGAAAAUUGUGAUUUAUGUGAUUCACAAUAUAUAUGUAAAAAUUGUUAAGAUGGUUUUAUAUUGAUUAAUAAUUAAUUUUGUGGUAAGUGUCCUGAAAUUUGUACAGAAUGUACAUUCAUUGGAGAUGUACCUAAAUGUAUUAGUUGUCCAAUUGGAUUUUAUUUAUAUGAAGGUAAAUGCAUUUAGUGUGGUUGGAAUUGUUUAAUAUGUGAUUAAUAAAGAUGUUUUAAAUGUGUGGAUUAUAAAUAAUAUUAUAUCUCAUUAGAUGGUUAAAAUUGUUAUGAAAAUACAAUUGCUAAUUGUUAAAUUGCAUAUGAAGAAAGUGUUACUAAUUCUUCAGCUAUUUCUUUACUCAAAGAUUAUCCUAUUGUAUAAAAGAAAGAAGAUGUUAUUGUUAAAUGUGCAUUAUGUUCUACAUAAACAAUCAAUAAAUAAACUUCUUGUGUAAUUGAUCUUAAUUUACCUGUAUCAUCAAGAUAUCUAGAAUUAAAUGGCUAAAAUGUUCUUUUAAGUGCAACUAGUAUCCCUUAAGGAUCAUAUGAAUUAACCAAUUCAACAGACACUAUUUCUGAAUGUGAUGUUGAUCGAAAUUGCAAGAGUUGUUUAUUAGAAGAUAGAUUCUAUUAAGAUUCUUGGAAGGUAGAUAUUAAAUCAUUCUAUAAUACUUUAUAUGGUGGUGACUUUUUAGAUAUAGUAUUAAAGACAAGCGAUGGAGAUAUUAAAUGCACUAAUUGUUUGAAGGGAUAUGAUUAUUAUAAUGGAAAAUGUAUUAAAUCUUGUGAUUCUAAUUGUAAAGUAUGUCAAAUUAUUAAUUAAUAAGCCAUUUGUAUAUAAUGUACAGAAAAUACAAAUGGUUAAAAGUUAAGUUUGAGUAAUGGAGAAUGUAUUGAAUGUCCAUACAAUUGUGCAUUAUGUAAAUAAAGGGAUAAGGAAUCUCUAGCAACAGUUAAUCCAUAUUUUGAUCCAACAAAAACUGAUUUCAUUAAAUUCAGUCAUAUUUGUCUCAAAAGUUAUACUAUACCUAGUAUUCAUUUGAAUUAUGAUUUUGAUUUGGAUAAUUUUGUUGAAUGUUCUAGUGCAUCUACCUGUAAAUAAAAGGCAUUAAUAGAUUUAAAGUAUUAUUGCAAUAAAAAGGCCUCAACCAUUUUAAAUGGUUAUGAUUAAGAUUUGACUGAAUUCAAAUCACCAAUUUAUGAAUCUGAUAGUCAUACUAUAGUAUUUAAUUAGAAAGUUAUUAAAGAAAUGACUAUUAAGAUGAGAAUAGUUAAUGAUAAUCCUAAUUUAUAAUGCAAAUUACCUGAUAAUUUUUAAAUUGUUUCUGAAUUAAGAAAGAAUGUAUUCACUUUAAAAAAUAUUAAUCUUGAAUUUUAUGGUACAACAAAUGUAGUUUUUAAUGAUAACUUUAUUAUUACUGGAUUCAAUUAAGUAUUGUUAAAGGAUUUUACUUUGGCAAGUUCUUUGAAAAAUCAAAAUCUAUACAUUUAUGAUACAAUACAAUUUGAUUUAAUAUUGAAUAGUAUAACUUUGAAUGUUAUUGAUAUUUCAUUUUCUAUUGUGAUUGAAAAUGCUACUUCUGUUACUAUGAAUCAAUUUAUUAUUUAAAAUAGUAAAAUAGUCAAUUCAACUGGAAUUAUACAAUGUUUUGGUAAUCUAAAAUAAGAUGAUGUUUAAUUAUAAUUCCAGAAUAUUGAAAUUAAAAAUAGUUAAUUCAGUAAUUCAAAGAUAUUUUUAUUCAAAUUAUCUGAAAAUUACAAUAAUCUCAAUAUAUUAGUUCAAUCUGUAACUUUUACAUCUAAUAUAUUCAAAUUAGGAUCAUAAGCAUUUAGAACAGAUUUCCCUCUGAAUGUAAGAAUGGCUGUUGUUGAUAUUAAAUAAUUUACUUAAACAAAUGAUGAAUUAAUAGAAUCUACCUUUGCUAGUUUUGAAGGAGUAAAAAGAGUUAAUAUCAAUUAAAUGGUUUUAUAGCAAACUAAAUUGAGUAUUAAAAGUAGAUGGUUAAUUUUACCAUUAUUUUCAAUAAAUAAUUUGGAAGUAAAAAACAAUAUUUUGAUUACAGAUGAUGUAAUAUUGAUUUCUAAUAAAGCAUCAGUUCAAUAUUCUGAUGCAAAUGAUGGUAAUACUAUUGAUAUGCAAACAAUUAAAUUUGAAUUCAAUAAAUAUUUGGGUAAUAAAGCAUUCAUGGAAAUCUAUUAAACAACAUUUAUUGGAUUGGCAAUCACAAUUUAUGAUUUACUUAUUGAUUAGAAUGAAUUAUAUACACUAACUAAAUUACAAUAAAAAUACAUAGCAUCAGAAAAUUCUACAUUUUAUUUUGACAGCUAUGAGUUGACUCUUACAAAUACAAAAAUUGUAAGAAGUAAAACCUUUCCAGAAAUGGCAAUAUUAAAUAGUAAUAAAGUUCAAAUAGAUAAUAUGGAAGUUACCAGAAAUUCAGAUAUACUAAGAUUGUUGAAUAAUCGUUUAUCUUGUGUUUCAGCCAAUGCGAUACCUUAAGUUUAUACAACUAUUUUAUAUAUGUACAACAUCAAGGAGAUUGAUAUGAAUCAUAUAACUCUUCAUAAAAUCAAAAGUAUUAAUCAACCUCUGAUUUCUAUAAAAUCAUCAGAUAGAUUAAAAAUUAGAUAAUAGGAGUCAAUCAGAAUAAGAAAUAGCAUGUUUAGCGAGAAUCUAUUAAUUCUUAGUAAGAUCAGUGAAUUGUAAGCUAUAAUAUCAAUAAUUUCUGAAUAAAAUCAAAAUUUUAUUGUAGAGGAUUCUAAAUUUUUGUAUAAUUUUCAACAUAGUUACAUUUCUGAUUUAUCAUUUGUAUCCUCCUCAACAUUAUUAUUUUCCAGUCCAAAUUCAAGUGUUAUACUGAAUAGAAAUAACUUUGAAAAGAAUAUAGCUACAAAUGGAUAGAAUUCAAAUUUAGUAUUAAAGUGUAAUAGUAUUACUAUAACAACAUGCAGUUUUCUAUAUUCAAAUUAAUUGUAUUUUAAUGUGAUUUAAGAUAAUAUUGUUUGGGGACUAGAAAACUUUGCAAUUCCAAAAUAAGAAGAAUUUUACUAAGCAUUUCCUAUCAAGACAUUUGGAGGAAGUGCUUAUUUAUCUGCAAAUUCAACUUUAAUUAAAGAUGUUAAUAUCAUAGGAUCAAUAUCUUUGCUAGGAGGAGCAAUUUAUUUAUAACCUUAAUCUGAUGGUGUGGUAGAAUUCUAAGACAUUUUAUUUAAGGAAUGUAGAGCAUCUUUAGAAUAAGUUUCUAAUGCUUAAGGAGGAACAAUCUUUAUUGAUGCAGCCUCCUCUCGAAUAUAAGUGAGUAUAAGGAAUUGCACAUUUUUGAAUAGUUAUAGCAGAAGAGAAGGAGGUGUAAUUUAUGUGAUUCCAUCAAGUAGUGACAACAAGAUGUUUCUGAAAGAUGUAUUAAUUAGGGAUUCUUAUUCUAUUUACUAUUCCUUCAUUAAGACAUUUGGAUAAAAUCAAUUGAAUUUAGAAGCUUAGAAUCUCACCCUUAUAAAUUCUUUUGAAGGAUUUCAAUAGUAUUUGGGAUAACUCUAUUAAUUAUCUUAAUCAGAAAUAAGUGAUUAUCGUUUGAAUUAUAUCUUUUCAAUAAAAGGGAAAAUAACUUUGUAAAAUUCAAGUUUCACUGAUUAUAUGAAUGGUUUAAUAGAAAUAUCUUAUGGAGAAUUAAUAUUGAAGAAUGUUAUAGUAAGUAAUUAUAUUACAGGAAGCUAACCAUUAAUUUCAUUGUCAUCUGUUUCUGUUAUUAUAAUGUAGAAUGUGUAAUUUCUAAAUAUUUCAGUCUACAAUUUUAUUCAGAAUAUAGUACCUGAAUGUGAAGUAUCUUAUACUGCAUUAUCUUUAACUUGUGAUUAUUCUCAAACAGCACCUACAUUUAUAGGUAUAGAUAUGAAUCAAACCAUUAUCAAUUAUUACUCCAAUAUGAAUCUCAAAAAUGUACAAUUAGCUUAAGUCAAUCCAACAUCUUUGAUUUCAGUAAUGAAUAUUGAUAUGGAUCAUUCCAUUAUUAUUCAAGAUACAAAAAUUUAAUCUAUACUAUGUCAAAAAUGUACUGAAGGUUUGAUAUAAUUUGAAUUUUUGAAUUACUUUAAAUUAGGUAAUAGCAUAAUUACUUUUGAGAAAUUUGAAUUAUUGUAAUCUCAAUGUGGACAAAUGAGUUGUAUUGUUUUGAAAUAAUAAUUCAACCAAAAUCGAUUUAGAUUACUAGUUGAUGAUUCUGCCAAAAAUUCUCUUAUUUAUAGUGUUACUGUACGUAAAAGUACCUUUGCUAAUAACUUUGGUAGUUAUGGAGGAGUCUUUCAUGUAAAUGACAUUAAUAUCCUAUUUGAUGAUUGUAAAUUUUUAUCUAAUACUGCCACUGAAUCAGGAGGAGCUAUUUAUUUCAUUUCUAAACAAGCUACAUUAAAUAUCUAUGAUUCAGAUAUUAGUAGUAAUUCAGCUAAAAUUGGAGGAGCCUUCUUUCUUUAAAAUUAUACUCUAAAUUCACCAAGUGUUCUAAAUUUAUAAUUGAGAAAUAAUAAAGCUUUAUUGUUUGGUUAAAAUUAUGCAGAAUAUCCAAAUCAAUUGACUUUGUCUAUUAAUAAUGGAACCAAUUAUUUAGAAAAAGAAAGACUCUUUGCAAACUUAACAACAAUCAUUGAUGUUAUAACUAUAAAACCUUAUAAUAUAUCCAAUAAACAGAAGCAUUUUAUCACUCUUCCAAGUGGACAAGCCAUUAAUACAUAUAAAUAUUUUGAUGAAGAUUUAUAAUUAUACUUAUCAUAUAAUUUGACAUUUAGAAUCAUAGCACUUAAUAAAUAAGAUAAUAAAAUAUAGAAUUUAGAUGGUAGCAAAUGUUCAAUAUAUUCAAGGAAGAUAAACAUUAAUAAUUUAACUGAAAUCGAUCCACAAAAUAUGGAUAAUAUUACUAGCACUCUAAACUCUCCAUACACAAACUUACAAGAAGUAUAUUUUAAUACCACUUCUUAAGAUUAUAAUUUAGAUGAAAUGAUAGUUUAUUUUGAUCCGAAAUCAAAUUCAUAAGCUGUAUUAUAAAUAGAAUUUUUGUGUAAUUCUAUAAGAAUACCCAUUUUCAAUCCAGAACCUCCAUAUUUAUUAAAAUAUCAAAUUGAGAAUUACAGAUUAAGAGUUAAUGUAUAAUCAUUCGACUGUUAAGUUGGAGAAUAAAAAAGAGAUGAAGAUGGAACUUGUCUUGUUUGUGAUUCACAAUAAGAUUAAUAUUCAGUCAUUGCUGGAGAAACUUGUUAAGUAAAGGAUACUAUAUCAACUGAAGCAGUUACUUCUGCAAGUGUCAAACUUAGAGCAGGAUAUUGGAGACCCUAUUCAUAUAGUACUAAAAUUGAAUUUUGUUUAAAUAUGUAAAUCAAUUGUGAAGGAGGUUGGACUCCAGGAGAUGCUUCUUGUUUCUUAGGACAUAUAGGUGCUUUAUGUGAGUAAUGUGAUAUCUAUAAUAUAAUGGGGGAUGGAUAAUGGUCAGUAAGUGCAUAAUAUAAAUGUGGUAGUUGUGAUGAUGUGGGAGACAAUACACUUAAAGUUGCUCUUAUUAGUACAUGGUAACAAUAUUUUAUUUAUUUUAGGACUUUGAUUUCUAUUAUGCUUUCAGUAAAGAGUACUAUGGAAGCAGUUAAUAAUAUGAUAUUAAGUAAAAAGUUUUCGAAAUAUUUUGUUGAAUAAAUUAAGGCUGGUUAAGGAGGUAUCCUUAUAAAAGUGCUCACUAAUUAUCUCUAAAUUAUUGGAGCUGUUGCAACAUUUUAACUUUCAUUGCCAAGUGCUCUUACAAGUGCUUUUAAAACUGUUGGGUCUCCUGUAGAAUCUAUGAGUUAUUCAUUAGAUUGUUUUUUGAUCAAGAUUUCAGAUAUCAAUGUAAUGUAUUUUAGAAUGAUAUGGGCUUUAAUUAUGCCAAUCAUAUACAUUUUAACAUUUUUUAUUUUGUAUGGAAUUGCUAUACUUGUACGUUUAGCAGAUGCUAGUAAGAGUGCCAUUUCAACUACUUUUAUUUAUUUGUUUACUUUUUUAUAACCUACUUUACUUGGAGGUUUUGUAUCAUUAUUAUCAUUCAGACAAGUAUCUAAUAUCUAUUGGGUUUAAGGUAAUGUAGCAUAUAGAUAUGAUACUGCUUAACAUUUGAAAUGGGUUUUAUCUUUUGUAUUUCCUUCUGCAUUUACACUUGGUUUAAUCAUACCAGCUUAUAUGUUUUUGAGUUUGUAUAAAAUUAAAAAUGAUUUGAAUGAUGGAGAAAGUAGAAAGAAAUGGGGUUAUUUGUAUAAUGAAUAUCAACCUAAAGCAUAUUUUUGGGAAAUUGUAAAGAUAUUCUAAAAGAGUUUUAUCAUAUUAUUUUUGACAUUCUAUGAAGAUUUAAUUAUUAUCAAGGCUGCUUUAAUUUUCAUUAUUGUGUUCAUAUAUUCUAUGUUAACUAAGAAAUAUAAACCAUUUAAGUUGCCUUACUUAAAUUAUUUAGAUGAUAUGAGUACAUUAGUUUGUGGAACUUCAAUUGUAUUGGGAAUGACUCUAUAUUCAGCUAAUCAAUCUGGUAAUUAGGAAAUAAUUUGGCCAUUUUAUAUAUUUUUAAUAAUUAUUAAUGGAGUUUUUAUUGCAAUUCUCCUAUGGGAAAUUCUGUGGGCAUAAUUAGAUGGUUAAGAAGAAGCACUUGAUAAGAUAAGAAAUAAAUUAAAUGCUAAGUUUCCAGAUUUGUAAAAUAAAAAUUGGUUAACAAGAAAACUAUUAACUAAUAGAGCUGAAUAACGUAAGAGAAUUAAAAAGAGAUUUAAAAUGAUUAGAGAGUAUUUGAUGGGAAUAGUAAGAAAUUAAAAUAGAAAGAGGGAUCAUUUAUAUCAAAUAAAUCCAUUGGAAUAGACUGCAAAGUAAGAUAUUUUAGAGAUAUUUUUAAUAGAGAAAAGGAUGAUAAUGAAUCAUCAUCUCCUGAUAUCAAUCCAACAAUUUUAUCUGUUCCUCGUUUCUAUAAUAAGAUAUAUCCAGAAGUAUUUGUAGAUUAAUAUGGAUUUGAUCAUCAAUCUUAGGCUGAAUUAAGUAGAGUAGAAUGA